AGAGGUCUUCCCAGUUGGCUUGGCAUCACGUGCUACAGCUUGGGCAUCGGUACGUCCUCACUGCUCUUAAAACAUCUUGCCUUAAAGCUUCUGGAUUGAGGGUGUUCAUCACCAGCUCCUCCUCACACCUGCUACCUUACUGUAUGGAACGAGUGAUGGAGCAAUCUUUGGACAGUACUUCAGAGGGAAGUCCAACUGUGUCUGUUUCCACCAAGGCCUGUGAGCAGCUGAGCAGCUCGUUGGAGCUGGAGGAGGAAGCGAAUACGGUGGUUCCAGCUCGGAAGUCCCAGAUGAUCUCCUAUGCAGGCACUAUCACCCAGGUGCUAAAUGCCCAAGCUGGGCUCUAUGAACUGGACAACAAGUUAACUCUGUGUCUUGCUUAUCAGCAGAUGUUGAAUUCUGGCCGUGGGCUCCGACCAGGAGCAGGCGUAGAGCUCCAAGACGUCCACCUUGUGCAGAAGCCCUUAGCUGCCUCGCCUUCUGUACUUGGAGCUUGCCUGCGUAGCAUGGUUGUGCUGAAGAGCUUUUCGGCAUGCAGCACAUUAUACCAGCCUGUAGCCUCCUUUGGGAAUCUUUAUAUUCAGCUGCUUUUGCGUUUCAAUUUGAGCCUGCCGCUCUAUAUCUGGCUGGUCAGCUUGCUAGAGACUUUUGAGCAGAGGUUUUGUUGUUCCCUUCCGAACCAGCAGUCGUUGCACUGCUUUAGCCACCAAGCCCUGGGGGCAGCAGAGAAGUUUAUUGUUCCUAUUCUGAAUGUUCUGGUGCCGCUCGGAAAACAAGAGAGAAACAUCCAUCAGGAGAUUCUGGCAGAAAAGCACCACUGCCCCCUAGAGCAGUAUCAGAGUUUGGAGCCGCCAUGUCAGAUUCCACCUUUCUCUCUGCUGUCUGCUAUGGCUGAGAAGAAAUGCUGGGAAAGCCUCAGUCCACUGCAGCAACUGAACUCAGUCCCCGAGCUCUGCAAUGUAAACGCCCAGGAGCUGAAUCUCAGAUUGGCCUGGUCCUACUCCAGUUUAUCUGCUGAGAGCUUUCAGCCUCGGAUGGUGUUGCUCGGGUGGCUAGACUAUUCCAGCAGUGGCUCCCUCAAGUUACAAGACAGAAGUAAAGCACUCCCUUGUAUAAUAUUUCACAGAGAUGGCCGGCCAUUUGCUGAUACGUCUUUAGUAGGGUGCCUCCUGCAAGUAGAAAUAUUUCAGUUUGUAAUGGAGCAAUUCCUUCGAAGUGAUUUCCCUUCUUGGCAGCAGCUGGGGUCACACGAGCACAUAAAGGAGAAGAAAACAAGGCCUUGCGUACAGUUUUGUUUUGAGGAUGUGGAGAUCCUUCAUACUCCUGAAAAGAGACCCUCCGAGGGUCACCGAGUGAAUGAAAGGACAUCUUCUCGAGCAGAAGGCAGUGGCUCCUCCGCAGCUGAGCCAAGAUCCCAAGAGGGCAGAAUAUCCAGCGCAGGAAGGGCAGAGUUGGGCCCCAGCACAGCAGAGCCUUCCCAGGGCAGCGCUGCAGAAGCGGGCUGUGUGUCUCGCCUGUUCCUCGUGACGCAGAAAGAGGGGCUCGUCUGGCGCAACUAUCUGCCGACUUCAGGAGACGGGAGCAAAGGCGGCCAGGCAGCGCAACUCUGCUUUCAAGCCACAGUGGUAUGGAUAGGCAGCCCUGAACUGUGCAAGAAUCUUGGAGAAACCAGGAGCCGGCAAGAGCUUAACACUUUUGCUCUGCAAGAGACGAGUGAAGCCCAGCAAAAACUGCUGCUCCUGUUCCUGAGGAAAUCGCUCCGGUGGUUCCCCUUCCUGCACCCUGAUCACCUGUACCAGCUCACCAUACCCCAGUGCACGGACUUGGGUGUCUUUGAUCAACUGUGCUGCUCGCCGGCACAAGAAAACCUGAACGCGCUGAGACGUUCCUUGUUUCUACCUGUUCCAGAUGGUGCCCUCCUGCACCACGUGGGCUGUGCUUCUCAGCUGGUUUCAGCAGUGCCAGAGAUGGAUCGAAAGCUGUUUUCCAUUGAGGAGAUUCUCAGCUCCAGUUUCACAGGCUCCUUGGUCUCUUUCUCUGGCCUAAUAGUGGAGAGGACUUUGCGUCAAUCUAUUGCUGGAAAGAAGUCGCCUGGAGAAGUUUUGAUGCAGCAGAAGGGUAACCUCUUACCCCGGGAUUACACCGUGAAGCUAAGUGUAUCACCUACAGUUGGUGCUUCAGAAGUGCUGGAUGUGUACAUUGAAACGGCAUUCUUGCCCUAUCUUUGGGGUUUGCUUCCUGGCGCCAGAAUUCUCUUUCAGAACUUGCAGCGCAAGGUUUCCAGAUUCAAAAACGUCUAUUGCACAUACAUUGUGUCCAGCUGCGUGUGUGUUCUGGCUGCUGCACCCCACGACCUUUCUUCCCUGCAGCUGGGUGCCACCUCUGCUCCUUCCGUGGUAUAUUUGUCCAAGAUAACACCUGAGCCGUCUAGUCUGUGCCAAGCACAGGUUGCCUGUCACUUGACGUGUGUCCUGUCUUUGUCCUUGCACUGGAGCUGUUCCCUUUGCAACAGCAUCUUCACAGAGGGAAGAUGCAGCCAGUAUAACCCACCUUGCCUGUCGCGUACAGGAGUGUGCAAAGCCCGUGCCAGAAUCAUAGUAGAAGAUGGAACAAGUGAAUUUGUGGUGGUAUGCAAGAACCAACAGGUGCAGAAAGUGCUGGGUUUGAGCACCAAGGAGUGGGAUGUUCUACAGAACCAUGUUCAGAACACAGGCAGUAUUGGCAUUCAGCACAGUGAAGUUACUACGGCUCCUGGGCAAACUGAGGAGCGUGAAGACAUGUUCACCUGGUACUUGAGAAGCUUAUGCAGAAGCCCAAUUGUCUGUCGGCCUGUCCUGUUGACUUUCAGACCUGAUAGAAAGCCCUUGGGGGAUCACGAGGCAGGCUCAGGACAGUUGAGGAGGUUUUUCUCCAAUGACUUGGAGUUCCUAAGUCAGACGAGGCAACGGUGGAACUUGAUGUGUCUGGAUGUCCAGGAGGCAACAUGAACAUGAUGCUUGUAACAAAAGGCUGUACAUCUCGGUUCUUACCCUGCUGCGGAAGAGCAAUUAUGAAAUUUCUGCUUCUUCCAUGCAACCCAUCAUUUGGAGACAUGACAUUUAUGUUUCUCAUAUAAAAUGCAGUAAAUGCAGUAAACUAUUUUGUGGCUUUUUAAUAAUAUUCCUAAUUGCUGUUGCAAAAAAAUAAACACCCAUGUUAAACAUCUAGCUUGUUUUUCUUUCAUGCAGAUGACUUAAUUUUCACCAUCUUUCGUGUAUUCUAGCCAAUUUUUUGCAAAUUCUGGCCCUGACCGUUCUAGCUACUAUGAAUGCAUAACAUGCCAGUUUUUAUUUUUGCUGAGUAGUAUUUUGAUAUACAUUCCGAGGCUUUGAGAGGUUUUGGGACAAGGGGAAUUCCAUAGCUGAGAGCCCCUCAAAACACUUCCUUCACAUUCUUGAGAUCUUGAUUAAUCAGAAUUAAGAGGAUUUCUAUGCAGUCUUAAGGGUCAUGUAAAAAAAAAGGACUGAGGUGCUCUGAUUUGCUAAACAGGCUUUUUUUUUUAAAGCCUCUUGACUUCCACUAAUCGCUAAGUGGAAGCUGAGCCCUCUAGCUGGAAAAAAAAAUCAAUGAAUAUUUUUGCUACACGAAGGAAGAACAGGUCAAGUAUAUUCUAAAUCCGUUUUUUAUUCUCAGUUACUUCAACAAUGUACACAGUUUCUAGCAACAGAUAAUGUACUUACUAUACAGGCUUUCCCUCCC